AUGAACACUGUUACAGCUUUCAAAGCUUUCCAGCAACAGAUUCAGUCACUGUGUUUGAAUGACUUUCCCUGUGGUACUGGGAGUUGGAACAGUUCAAGGCAUUCAACAAAAAAGGCUAAAAGUUUCAAAUUACUGAAGGGUCAUGGACAGAAGGAAAAGAUAAAGGGCAAAGAUGUAAAUGAGGAAGAGCCUGAGGCCUUGAAAGAGUACCUGACGUGUGAGCAAUCACCGUGGAAAACAGAAAAUGUGACCCCAGAGACCCAACAUCUAAAGGAACUGGCAAUCACUUCACCAUCUCUCAUAAAUGAGCACUUCCUUUGUUCCUAUUUACAAUCUUUAAGACUUGUUAAUAAGCAGAUCUGUGAGGUUGACAAGCAAAUGUUGAAAUUUCAGAAUCUGGAAGAACUUAUAUUAAGUGUCAAUAAAAUCACCUCGUUAAACUCAGCAAAUCUUCCGAGAAAGCUAAAGAUUCUUGAGCUCUGCUCCAAUGAGAUUUCCUCUUUGCAACAACUGAGCUCCAGUCCACCACCAAUGUUGCAAUACCUUGGGUUGUCAUACAACAAGCUUUCACUGCCCUCUGACAGCAGAUAUCUCUCAAGCAUGUUCUGGCCUAAUUUAAUAUCCCUCGACUUGAGUUUCAAUGACUUUAUCAAUCUGCGGGAUAUUGUAACUUCUCUCUCUUCCCUGCCAAACCUGAAGAACUUUAUUCUCCUUGGAAAUCCAUUGGCUCUUUUUCCGUAUUACCGGGGUUUUACAAUAGACAUUCUGCAGAACCUUGUUUCGCUAGAUGACGUUUUGAUAUCCCUUGAUGAAAGACAUCAUUUUAAGGGUAUUGCUUCACAUCAAGAUUUUAUUGCUCCUGAAACCAAGGUAACAAUAGAAAUUGGAAAAGUUACAGGUAUUCCCAACCCCAUCGACCCCCUGGAUCAUCCACCAGAAUUUCCAGUUGUCAAUAACAGUUACUUUGUGACCUAUGAGUUCCUGGGAAGUCCCAAAAGUGCUGACAAAGUAAAUGAACUAAAUGAACCAGGCAACGAAGAAAACAAGGAUGUGGAACGUGAAAAGUCCGCCAAUGCUAAAUUAAGUGAGAAAGACUCACCUUCAUCUCAAGCACUCCCUGAUACAGUUCUUGAUAAUACUGGCAUUAAUAGUGCUCCCAGUGACAAUGAGGAAAACUGGCGUGUAUUCCCUCACAAGGUACCUCAAAAACCAUGGGGAGAUCCUAUAGUAUACAACUAUACCAAGGUUCACACUGUGAAAGACUUGUAUGCUCUCAAGCAAUUGCUACAAAAUGGUCUGACAGUAACUGUAAUAGAAGAAAAGAUCCUGUCAUGGCCUAUCGAGACAGAAGAUGACAAAAUCCCAGAAGCUUCCAUGAAAGAGAAGGUCCAAGAUCCUGGAAAGGUGGGAGGCAAAGGCAGUGCUAAAAAUGCAAAAGGGCAAGACAGCACAAAGGAAAAGAGGAAGUCACCUGUUUCAUUUCGAAGUGAUCCACCCAUUCGGAAAAUACUAGGAAGUUACCAUAUGGAUUUGUACUCCAUUGUAACAGGAAAUCAUAACUACCAGAUGGUUUGUGAUUUAGGAGUUCCCAAGAUUGAGGAAAAACUCAAGUCUCCAACACCAGAGAUAAAGGAAACUAUAAGAGGAAAAGAUGAUAAGAAAAACAGUGCUGUUUCGAAAUCAAGAACAAGUGCGAAAUUGAAAACACCAGACAGCACCGCAGCAGAGGCGCCCGCAGCCGCCCCGGGGGACUUACCUACUGUGGCGAUCCUCGCGAAAAUAAUCUCCAAACUUGAUGCGAAGAUUGAUGCCUUCAUUGAAGAGUCCGGGAGCCGAUGGAAUUCACUCUCGGCCACGUUACAAAAGCACGACCGAGACAUCGAAGAAAUCAAGUGA